GCAAACUUUCAUUUGAUACUUUGAUGUAUGCAACAUGUAAAAAAUACUGUCGUCUGGAUGUCAUCCUCUUAACUUUCAAGUCCAAGUUGAUGCCCUUCUUGGACCCUCCCUCUCCUCUGGGAUGUUCCCUGAGGAUGCACAGGUAUUCAACAGAUCCCACACCCCGAACCUCUGGGAAACACAUGCAGAAACUUUUAAGAACUUUUGUUUGUCUUUUUCCCACUUUUGCCAUUUACCAUUUGUAUUUCGUGAACUCAAACGAUGGCCAACGCAGGUAUUCAGCUUCUCGGCUUCACCUUGGCCUUUCUGGGCUUUGUCGGCUCGAUAGCGUCCACAGCCAUGGUGGAAUGGAAAGCUUCGUCGUUUUCAGGAGACAACAUCAUCACAGCCCAGGCGAUGUUUCAAGGGCUUUGGAAGAGCUGUGUGUCACAGAGCACUGGUCAAGUUCAGUGUAAAGUGUAUGAUUCUCUUCUUCAGCUACCAGGGAUCGUACUUGGCACACGGGGGCUGAUGCUGUCCUCCAUCCUGCUGUGCUGUAUUUCCAUGAUGGUGUGCAUGGUGGGCAUGAGGUGCACCACCUGUAUGGCUGAUCAACCAGAACAGAAGGACAAAGUGGCUCUCGCCGGAGGGGUUGUCUUUAUUAUUGCUGGUCUGCUCGCUCUGGUGGGAACGUCCUGGUACGGCCACAGAAUAGCACAGGAAUUCUACGACCCCUUCACUCCGACUAAUUCUAGGUAUGAAUUCGGAAGUGCCCUGUAUGUCGGAUGGGGAGCGGCCUCUCUCAUCAUCAUAGGAGGAAGCUUCCUCUGCUGCAACUGCUCCAGUCAGAGCUCCGGGAAAUCUCCUCGCUACCCAGCGUCUCGCUCUGUAGGCCAGCCGGGCAAGGACUUUGUCUGAGACGAACGCAGCCUUUUCAUUCGCUGUCAUCUAGGGUUCUGUUUCUGUGUCUCAAUGUGAAUCCUCACUGCUUUUGUUGUAUCGUAUGUUUUUAUAGCGCUCAGGUCUGGUUCGGUUUGAUGUGUAACACGUGGCUUGUGAUCAUAUAAACCCCUGCAAGCAAAACAAUGUUUUGCAUCUCUCUGUACUUUUCGUUCAAAUGGCGCUGUCACUCUGUACAUGGACGAGCACGUAGAAGCAGAUCUCUGAAUGACACGCGGAGGUACGAAUUAAUAGAUGGUACCUGAUGAACAUGAAAAUUACAAAAUAAAAAAGUCAAACACCAUGUUUUACACAAUAGAAAGUAUGCCCAAAAAAGUUAUUCUAUAGGGUUUUUAGUAAGGAAAAAGUUUAAAAUAAGUAAAGGAGUAAAAUUACAGUACGUCUAAAAAGUAUAAGAGAAAAUAAAGACUGGAUGACUUUUUUUUUUUUAAAGCCAUUUCUUUCCAUAAUGUACUAUAUUUAGUUUUUUACACGUAAUGCUAUUGACAUUUUUGCCAUUUUCAGGAUAUUCUUGAAUAUCUUAUUUCAGAGGAAACUAUGCUUUUCCCUUUUACGGAAAUAUUGACAGAAUACUGUAAAUUAAUUGCUUCAUGAGGAUUUUUUAUGACAUGAUCUCAUGGUUUACUACUCUAUGUAUUUUUCAUCACAUUUUAAUGACAUACUAUAAUAAAAAAUGACUUUUUUUAGUGAAAC